AACUUUGUUUCCUAAUUGUAUUUGUAUUUAGUGAUAAGGAGGUCAAAGAGAAUUUGGCGCACUAUUUAUCUGAGGCCCGAGGAUUGAGACCAGAAAUGGAGCAUCUGUUACAAGUUUGUCAACUAUUUGUGCACUGUUGGGAGGACUCUCUUAUCAGCUUGUAUUCAAAGACCUCAGGAAAUUUGCUGGUGAUGAUAAAACUAGCUCAGCAACUUUGUGGUGAAUGUACUCCAUUAUUGGCCUCAGGCUCACUGCAGCAACACACUCGAGAGCUUGAUGUAGUUGUGCUGGAAGGCGUGGCAAAGGCACGUUAUGCUCUAGCAUUAGUUGCUGAUUUUAUGUAUAAGACUGCAGUCGAGGACAGAGACAAAGCUCCUUGGAAUGAUCUGCAAAUUAGAAACGAGUUGGAAACCCUUUUUGAAGGCGUGAGACGAAUGUGCUGCCAGGGUUCGAGCCCAGUUCCUCGAUUGUACCUGCUCAAACAGUUGGUGAGAAAGUAUGGUGUGGAGGCCAUCCAUGUUUUGUGUGGAAUAAAGGCGUUUGAGUGGAUUGUACCUCCUGAGAACAGAGACAAACAGCAAGAGGAUCUUGUUCCUGAUAGGUUCGUUAUUUAUGGAGAAGAUUACAAAAAGGUCAGAGAAGCCAUGGCUAAAACAGUCCUUAGUGCUACGCAUCGGGAGUUAACUGAAGUGCUCCAGAGCACUCUCUUACCACCUGUCGUGAGGGAUGUCAUGAUGCUGUUGUCUGAAUACCGUGAGGUGACCACUUGUUAUGGCUUCAGGUCCAUGCAACGACGGCUCUCUGCAAAAGCUCACCAAUGCUUUCAAGAAUUUCUAAAGGAUGACGCGCAUCUUUCUGCCAAGGCCCAACCAUUUGCCACCCAACUUCUGGACAACACUCAAGGUGCCGCUGGGUUUCCAGGCGUCCGUGUAGCUCCUGGUCGCUCAGCCCUGGAACAGAACCUGGCAGAAAUUGUCAUUCAUACUACAGCAGUAUUACAGUGUAUUAACCAGAUGACUGUGUGUGAACCACUGCGACUGCUCAUGGACAAUCCUGCAACGUUGAUGCAUACCUUUUUUCCAACAAUGCCUGACGACAACCUUCAAGAAGCAAUGGCAGGAAUGCGAGAGUCUGGUAGCUGGUAUCAGUGCCCAAAAGGACACCCCUAUUACAUUGGAGAUUGUGGCCGGCCUGUAGAGGUGAAGGUUUGCCCAGAGUGCAAAGUUAAUAUCGGCGGUGCAGGAUAUCACCUCUCUCAAGGGAAUACUGCAGCUCAGAGAGCUGAUCGUACCAUGACAGGUCACGUGCUUGGCCAUCCUAGUGCCAGGCCCAAGAGUCUUGCUCCAGAACGGAACUUGUCACCUGUGGUUGUUGGCAUUAUAAGGAUUCUUAUGCACUGUGCCAUGAUCGAAGGGGCCUGUCGACAACCCCAGGGCAUCUGUGCUCUCAUCAAUCCCAGAGUUCCUCCUGCGGCGUUGUCACGCUUUUUAUGGGAUCACUUGCAGUUGGAUGUAGAACUUCUCGCCAGUAGCCUGGGAAGAAGCAUAGACGAUACAGUGCUCUGCAUUCAUAUGGUUCUGGUACAAAUGACUGCGCACCUCUCAAAUCCACAACAAGCCUUAAACGUCGCCUGCGAUCUGAAGUCUAAAGAGUCUCGGAGAGACUGGGAAACAGCCUUUAAUGCCACUGUUGUGACUCCACUGUUAACAAACCUCGAAGAGAAGAUUCAACGUUGUUUGCAGAUGUUGGUCGGCGACAAGCGACUAGGUAAUAAUCCCCUGAUGCGCCAGCUUUACGAGGUUGAUGUCCCUCCCGAGGCCCUGACUGACCGUGUUCCUCCCACCUGCCCCGCCCUGUGGAGGUACAGGACUCAGGUCACACUGGAUCACUUCUCGCACACUUUUCAACAGGAGGUGUCGUCGACUGAUUCUGAGAGCAACAAAGUACUGGCAGAGUUUUUACGUCAGGAACACAAACUCCGCGCCCUCCGUUUCCUGCCAGAUAUCGUAAAGCUACAGCGCCUUCUCAUGGACAAAUUCCACCGUCGAAUUGACAGAACUGAAGCAGAACAAAUCAAAAUACGAGAUUUUCUCCGAAAGAUCCCGUCUAAAACAGAGAGAGAUGAACUUGCGUCAUUAAUUGCCAGCUUCAACCUUGCAUGGAACCAUGUGCGGCAAAGUCUUGACCAGCAAGGGCGUCUUCGUCCCCCAACGGACUUGUGUGAGAGGACCAUGGAUAACACGCGUCCCCUGGCUGUACUUUUGCCCAGUACCUCAGGGAUGGGUAUCUGUUCCACAGCCCUGGUAUUUUUCCUCACCACAGUACACAACGAAUUCAACGAACGAUACCAGAACUUGAAUGGCGGGCAGGUGAAAGACCUGCCUCACAUACAGUUGCAAGACGUGACAAGCUCAAAUCUGAUCUCAUACCACACUGAGAGAGAUCUGUUACCCCUCAUCUUGGCUCAGUGUAACUACUCUCUAGAGGUGGGUCGAGGAACUUUGGUGCAAUACAACUGGGAAGCCCUGGAAAGACAACUGAUUGACAGGUUUAUAAGGGGAAGACCGCUGGUUGAUUUCAAGGAUGAGAGGUUUGCAUUUAGCAAAGACAUCCAGUUGGACUCUGUAUUCGCUUCAGUAAAAGCCAAGGUUCAUCCACAGGUUCCGUUGAGUUCAGCAGUAAGUCAUCAAAUUCUGGGCGAGUUUCGUUCACUAGCAGACAUUUGUGACGUGUUGUCGUCUCUGGACAUUGCCAUUGGUUUCCUGUCCUCCACUGGUGGAUCACCUGACAUGCCCCUUAAUCACUAUCUGCAACACGUACUGCGCAUGCCUCAUCAAAACGGUCUUCGCAGUCUCAAGGUAUAAAAUCACGUGUACAUUGACUCGU